AUGCCGAGCCCUCCUCACGUUAUCGCGUACUCGAUGCAGCGACGCGUGGCACCGCCGUAUAGCUCCCUGCGAGGUCGUCCCGUUGGCACAAGGGGGAUCGACAGCUUUCCGGUGCGGCUCCGCAUGUACGUUGCCAGCUCGCCCCUCACCGCUUCCGUCGGAGGCUCGUCUUCGUGUUUUACCUCGGCCAGGCUCUUUACUGACACCGUUGCAUCGCUGUCACCUGUGGUGAAUGGCGCAUCGUCCGCACCGCCGUCACCGUUUGAGGUGCAUCAAGUAAUCGCACGCGCGGCGCAGCGUGGCGAGUGGGAGCACGCCAUUCGCCUUCUCGUAGGCUCCCUGCACAGUCACUGUGUUCCUCUCGCAGAAACGUACCAGCUGGUUCUCCUGGCUGCACUGCGCGGCGGAGGAUGGCAAACCAGCGUGCAACUCACGAAACAAGUGGCAACCAGCACUCUCUCGACAACAGCCCUCUACCACACGGCGGCGGACCUGCUGCUCGCCAAACCGACAUUUAACUUGGAGACUUCGGGCACGUCCCUUGAUCGGGUAGUGCUGGAGGAGCUCGUACCACUCAUGCUGGCCGACGCCACGCAGCACGUGGUGUGGCGUCCGCGACACCGCGAGGCGGCACUGCAAGCCCUUGGGAAGGCAAACAAACACCAGACGAUAUCGGCCUUGUUUCGUCGAUGGACGGCCGCUACUGCUCUUCUCGGUGGUGUUUCACGACUCCGGUGCAGCGAGGAGGAGGCCACUCUGUUCAUGGCGGCGUUCGGCGUAACCGGAGACUGGCGCUCUGCAGAAACACUGCGGACAAGCCUUUCCCAGAUCUCCGCCCCACUUCUCAUCAGCUAUGUGCGCGCAUUCGCCGUGGCGGUGCAGCACGCUGAAACAUCAAGCCUAGCAGAGCCACAGCAGCUUGUUCCGUGGGAGAUGGCUUUAGACACUGCUGCCGCGGGCAAGCAAGAUGCGCCAUUGCUGGAGGCCGUGACAGAGCUGUUGCGUGUGGCACGUCACACCGCAGCCCCCGCCGGCGGGGCUCGCUGGUGGUGGGCGGCCAGCACUUCCACAAACGCGAAACUGGCAGAGCUGCGCAGGCGUGUGGCAAUCUCCACGCGUGCGGCAGCGCAGUUGCUGGCGGAGUGCCAUGUGACGACCGCGCAGGUUAGGAGCUUGCUAGAUGCCGUGCGCGUGUCCGGAGUGUUGAGCUCAGCGGCGGCAGAGGCUUCUCCGUACUAUGAGGGAUGGGCGAAUGUGGUGCUGGUUCUGAGCCAGUAUUGCCCACACGCGUUGGUGUCCGUUGACGGGUGCGCCGACGGGCUCGUGCAGCUGCUGCCGCACCCCCACCUGCAAGUGCGGCAGCAGCGGGGCGGUGCAACACCGCGUACCCUUGCUUUGUGGCGGCACGUGGCGCAGAGUGCCGCCGGCGGAGAUGUCGCGAAGCCUGCCAGUGUAGCGUGGUACGUUGUCUACACGUCAUCCGCGUUGCAUUAUCUGCGUCACGCUGCCCUGCAGCCGGCGCAGCUGGCGAAGGCUGAGGGCACACUGAGUGCCGGGUUGGCGCGACAGUUGCGCUGCCCCGGCCAUCAUCCCAUACACGGAGCUCUUCUCACCGGUUUCGCAGACAAGCCCGAUGCGCUGUUUAUCUUGCUCCGCACCGUCAGCGCGCACAUCAAUGUGCCUUCGGCAGAGCGCUGCGUCACGCUAGUGAUGCGCGAUGAGGCCGCCAGCAUUAGUGAGAUAGUGGAUGAGCUGUUGCUCAGCUUUCUGGAACCGCUCGAUGCCCUGGGGACACCUGAGGAGAUGUGCGAAGCUGUGUGCGCUGCCAGCGAGGCUGCUCUGCGCUCCUCCCCGCUUUCCUACUCCUCCACCCAGUUCGUGUGCCUCGCUGUAUGGUACACCUGUCACCAGCUGCGACGUGGUGUUUCCUUGGGUUCGCUGCGGCCUGCGCUCCGCCGCACUGUUUCGCUUGUUGAGCGACUUCCAGGUUCUGCGGAGGCGUUGACGCUGCUGAGCGCUCAACUGCAGUGGUGCUGGGGGGCUUCAUUGGAGGCGCUGCGGGAGCAAGCCGUCCCCAUCUUGCUGCAGCGUGAGGAGUGGGGUGUCCUCGCUCGGCUGCUCGAGCGCUGCCCUCAGCCACUGUCGACGCAAGAGCGGCACAUCCUGCAGCGCUGCAAGAACGGCGCCAAAGUGGCGGCGCUGCAGAACCUCGUUACGGCCCAUCGUGCGACAGCCGCAUGGGAGUACUGGCAGGGCGAGUUGUGCGGUGCCGCUCGAGAAGCGCCUCUGCCCGCGUCCCUGCACGACAGCCUCGUCUCUCUCCUCUUGGCCCACGGACUCGUGACGGAGGCGCACGCGGUGCUGGAUAGCAGUGGUGCAUCAGAGGUCCGUGUGUCGCACACAACGUGGUCUCACACCGGGCUGCGCGUCUACGACUAUGCGAGGCGGUGGCGCCGGCGCGAGCAGGGGAUGCAGCUGGCGGAGUUGUGGGCCGCGGCCGCACUAGCAGAAGAGGAGGCAGAUCGCGACGGCAGUGAGGUCCGGAGACGCGAGGCAACUGUGAUUCUUGCUCUCUACGCUGGUUUGGCCCUGGAACACACCCAUCGAGCAGUGGACGCAAGUCAAGUGAUUGCGGCCGCAGUCGACUAUGUUCUCCGAUACGACGAGGCGCAUCACCACCGUGGCACACAGCCCUCACUCGACGUCGCAACGCUGCACAGGACGGAUGCUCAACUCGCGGCGCGCCUUCCUGAUUACGUGCAAUGCGCCGCGCCGCGCCUCAUCUGUGCCGCACUCAACUGUAGCGGCGAGUCAUCACGGCAGCCGGCAACGAAAGCCGCUUGCUCGAGCGUUGACAGCGGUGCCGUUUCAGAGGUGCUGCGCAGCGUGGCGUAUCUGCUCCCCCUCACCUCAACGAGUGGAGCGGCAGUGAUGGCGUGGUCAGAGACGUUGCUGCGGCUCUACACAGUGGCCGGCGCCUGUGCCAUAGAUGCCAUGCCGGCAGUGGCGACGUUGGGGCAACGGCUGCUGCAUCAGGCGGCGGAGCAAAACAUAGCGGUGGCGCCGUCGUUUCUACGCCUCGUGCUCGCUACAGGGCCACUCUCCACAAUACUGCUUGCAGCGGUGCGGCAGUGUCUCCUCCUGAGACCUGGCAGUGCGCCCACUGGGCCGUCCAGCAUAGAUGUUGCUGCUACUGCCGUGCAGGUGGCGGUUUCGCUCGCCGACUCUGGCAACCACUCUGCGGCGCUGGAGUGGGUGGAGGAGUUUGAGCUAUGGCAACGGGGAGAGGCAGCGGGGAAGGAGGGCACAGAGCCUGGCCUGCAGACGGUGGUGGACAUGCCCACUCAGCUGUCGUGGCUGCAGGCCGCCCAGGGUGCCGCACAGCGCCGCGCCGAUCAGCGUGCUGCCCUCUGUCAGCAUCGCCGCGCGGAGCAGGCUGCCGCCAGCAGGGGCAGCGUGGUGUUCGAGCUCUACUCACGGGACGCUCUCGAUCGCCUCAUCGACUGUGAUGCGUGGGAGGAGGCGCUGGACGCGUUCCUGCGCGUGUUGGCCGCCCCAACAGACGUGCAAAGCCUCUUGUCGGCAGAUUCAAUGAAGCUGAUGGAGCUGCGCGACGCGUACCUCUCUGCGAAUGUGCUAAACUCCGUCAUGCUAUGCGUAGCCCGUUGUGCGCCAUGGCGAACCACGGUGCAGGCGUGGAUGCUGCUGACCAGUCAAGUCCCCCUUCUCCCUUGGAAUGCUUGCGCUGCCGCUCUGACCCCAAGCAUACACGAGCUGCUGAGAGUGAUGGCGCGUCAAUGUGCGCUGCCUCACGAGGUCGGCACCGUUGUGGCGUGGAUGGUGGCCGAGCUGGACUUGCCGAGGUCUGCUACGUCUCCCCUUUGUUCUCUGUUCGCUGACUGCAUCGGUGCCGCAUCGUCUACCGGUGUCGGGCACGCAUGGACAGCGGCAGAGGCGCAGCUGUGCGCCGAGCUCGUUGCACAGCUGCGACGAUUGUGUGGCGAGAAACGCGUGCGGGAAGCCGGACACGCUAUCGCGGAGGCGCAGGCAGCCCUUUUCCCGCCUUCCCUCCACACGCCAGCGCCCCACAUCGAGGAGCGCACAGUGCCGUCGGCAGCGUCGUGGCUGCUGCCUGGUCGCCCCCCGCUGUCGGCGGAGGAGCUCGACACGCUGGCUGUUGUAGCCCCGCUGCUGCUCCUCGCCUCAACGCCGCAGCUGGAGUCUCUCGCACAGCAACACCUAGGCGGCACGUUUCAGGCGCAUGAACUCAAAGCACUCCUUCACCUCUACCGAGAAGAGCUCCUGCAGCGUGUCGCCACCGUGCGUGCGCCUGACGCGGCGCUCGUGCAAUACCUCGCGCAAAAUGCAACCCUGCGCGUGCUUCUCUCUCAGUGCGCGGAAGUGAAGCCAGCAACGCAUCCCGCGCGGCGCACGCGCGACAGGGCUGCGGCGGAGUGGAUCGCGCAGCACGUCUUCGACGGCUUCUUGCCGUUGAGCACGGCAGAGGAGCUCUGGAAGGCGUGCGAAGAGCCUGCAAAGAAACUGGCAGAGUGUCGAUGGUCCGCCGUGGCAGAGGCAGAGCUAUGCAGGGAGCUGUUGCGGCGCCACGGCAAGCCGCCGGAAAAGCUGAGCACUGCACCGCACUUGACGCGGCAAGCGAUCUCCCACUACUGGAGCUGCUUCCAUCGCAUUCUCCUGCCUGAAAUGCAUUUUGGCCCGCUGGAGCUGUGCUGCCUCGCCUCCUACGCUCCGGCCCUUGCCGAGGCGCGGGCGGCGUGCCCGGACAUGACGCAGCCGGCCUACGCCGAUGCCGUUGCCGAGCUCGCCAAUCACGCAUACAAGUCGCACUUCUGCCCCAGUAGUAUACCUGUCGAGGACACCCUCAGCUACUUACGCCGCCCUCAUUGCGCAGCCGCAAUCGCAGCAGUCAUGACAAGCGCCUUCAAGAAGCUCAAGGUGCUGCACGCGCAGCUCUCCGACGUCCGCAGCGCGGCGGCGCGCGGCUACCGGCUACCGUUUCCGUGGAAUACAGUGUCUGCCGCUGCUGUACAGCUACCACCGGAGCUGGAUCGGCAGUGCCUCGCUGAUGCCGCCCGGUGCAUUGCCCAUGACGCGGUUCCUGUAACGAAAACGGCUCCCGUUCACGCGUCCCACACAUGCAUUGUAUCGCCGCUGCUGCGCCGAUGGACGCAGUGGGCAACGGAGAUGGCGUGCGCCGGCUCGCCCAAGUCAUUACCACAGGCGGCCUCACUACUACUUGUGGAGUGGACGAAGGAAGCGCUUCAGUCAAGCUGCGAUCUCCCUCGCGCAGAUCAAGCUUGCAGCGCCGCCCUUACAGCUGCCGGCGGUCGUGACGAUAAGGUAUGUGCGUUGUGGCGGGAAGUGGCGCGAGCAGGCAAGCGUGAACUGCAGCAACAGCGGUGCCGUGACCUUAGUGCAGUGUGGCAGCUUCUCGCCGGUGCGAAGGUGUGGCGCUUCAUGGAUCCUGGGCACGUGAUGGUGCUGCGCCGGCUUGUGUGCCCCUCCAACUCCAAAGUCACGGCGCUGCCUUCCAAACGCGAUGCGGCCAGGCACCACCGCAAGACGUCGCAGUGA